UUAACUUCAAAGAAAUGGCCAGGAAAUAUGUCAUUCCUGGUGGCGAAGCUACUACGAUUUUACCCAGUUGCAGCUGGUUGUUAUGACCGCGACCCCGGCGACGGCAAAUGGCGUUACCGGCGACGGCAAUCACCCCUGCACCUCGUGAGAUUUUGUUGUUUAGAAGCCUGUCAUGUCAACUACGUAUCCCUGUAGUUCGGAGCGUACUUUAUCGACCAGUCUCUGCCACUUCUUGUUCUAGGGGAUCACCGAGAAUGCAACUGUUAAGCGAUUCCCCCAAUGAUCCUCUCAAGAUCAAGAUAAACUGGGAUUAUGCUGCAAAGAAGAUACACGAGGUCAUCCCUGAUUCAAUUCAAAAUUUUCCAUGGUCUGAGGCAGAGAGCGUUGCUACAAAGCGUGUUCUUAGCUUAUUGCAGGAGACAUGGAAAUGGUCUCUUGCAGCUUUAUUUGUUCUUGGUUUUCUGUCUGAUAUCGCUUAUGCUAUAUCCAGAAACAAAGAGCUAUUCAUUCCGUUUGGCCUUCUGUGUGGAUGUGUGGUUUCUGAAUUUUUGAAAGAAGCAUAUCAAGAAUUACUUCAGCGUUCUCAGGAGAGAAGCAAGACUUGGCACUUUCUGGGUACGGCUUCGCUCUUUGCUUUGAUUAGGAUAGUUGCCGUAUCUUCUGCUUUGCCACAACCAUUUCUGUUGUUCGCCGCAAAUGGUGGGUUCAUGCAUAUCCUCUGGCAAUUGAAAAAUUUUCUUAGGGCGGCAGUACGACAGAUGUAAAUUUUGAAAAUCAUUCCAAUUUUCAGAGUGUAGAAAAUUAGACUUCUCUUGUUGAAGUUGAAACUGUUCAAAAUUAAAUCUCAAGGUCGCAGUUUUGAUGUGCUCAUGAACAUUUUGGUUUACAUUUUUGACUUACAAAGGCGUUGUAAAUUGUAACUACUAACUAAAAUAUAUGCAUAAUUUUGAUAUCUAAAUUCUGGUCAUUUGGACUAAACACAAUCUGCACAAAGAAGCUGUAUAGUAGGUGCUGGCGUAGUAGAUGUGUUAUGUUUUUGCAGCCGUCAGCAAGGUGAAGCACAACAGAUAUGUCAAACAGAAUUUUAAAUCUGUGCAAACCUUUAAAAUGUUUAGAGUUAUCAACAUUCUACUGAAGCACUAAAGAAGCUACACUUUCCCACAAAAUUUUGCAUCAUAAACAACUUCCAUAUACAAACACGGCCAUCGAAAUGCUUGGACAUUUCUUACAUGACCAACAACAAAUCGUGUGCCUGUAAGAAACAACUAAUUUGCCUAGUACUACAAUUCCAUCUCUCUGAUUUCUGGUGAUGAAUGUCCUACCCAUAUUCCGGAUAACUGAGCAGGUCUUUUUCCUGAAAGCCAAAAAAGAUGACAAACAUAUAUUUAGCAGACACAAAAACACAUGCAAAAGAUGAUUGCUUAUGCAAAAGAUUGAGUUAUUCAAACCUGCGGUUGUAUCCCCUGGGUC